AGCGGUAGCAGAAGGCGGCUUCCCACCCCGUCGCGAUUGUCGGCUCGCUGUGGAAUUCCGGGCGGCGGUUCGAGAACUCUACUAUCAUCUGCCGCGGCGGCGGGCGAGCGGAACACCUGCGGUCCCGUUUUCAGCGGUCCGUUGAUCUUUCAAGGGCGGAUUAGGGUGUGGGUUCGCCGUGAUCGAAGGGAUUUCGAAAGGGGAUCUUUUUGAUUCAGUUUGUUGCUUUUUCUCAUAGAAGAUCAGUCUCUUCGCUUUAGGCGGUUGGUUGUUGAUUGGAUUGGGGAAAUCUGCAAAUUUUCUACAAUGGUGUUCGCCGGUUGAGUUCUUACUUCCUGAGAAUUCCCUGGCUUUAGAUUGUUCCUGAAUCUGCAGCCUUGGUUGUUGCUGGUGGUGUUGGGCUUCUUCUUUGGUUGUGGAAAAUUUGUCGAUUUGGAGCUUGAGGAGAUCUUGAUUGAAUUAAAUUCAUUCUUUCGAUUUGGAUCUGUUACGUUGCUUUUGAUUUGGAUCUUCAAAGUGUGAAGAUGGUGAACGGGAGCCUAUUCCACUACAGGAAAAGUUCAUGGCCUGCGGAGGAGUAUGUCAGUAGAGCCACGUUGCAGUUGCUGGAUUUUGAUGGAGGCGCUCCACCAAAACAUGCAUGGAGGAGAAGGCUAAAUAGCCAUGCUAAUAGACUGAAGGAAUUCAGCGUGACAUUCAUUGAGGCAGUUCAAAUGCUAAGACUUGGUGUUCGCCUUUGGUCAUAUGUCAGAGAAGAAGCUUCUCAAGGAAGGAAAGCACCGAUUGAUCCUUUCACAAGAGAGCAAUGUAAACCUUCAGCUUCUCAAGGUGUGCCACUUGGAGGAAUGGGAAGCGGCAGCAUUUCAAGAGGUUUUAGAGGGGAGUUCAAGCAUUGGCAAAUUGUUCCUGGUUCAUGUGAAACAUCUCCGGUUAUGGCAAAUCAGUUCUCAAUUUUUGUAUCACGAGAAGGCGGAAACAAGAAGUACUCGUCAGUUUUAGCCCCUGGACAUCAUGAAGGAUUAAAGAAAAAUGGUGAUCUUGGUAUAUCCUCAUGGGACUGGAACUUGACUGGUCAACACUCAACAUAUCAUGCUUUGUUCCCUAGGGCAUGGACUGUUUAUGAUGGUGAACCAGAUCCUGACCUCAAAAUCUCAUGUCGCCAAAUAUCCCCAUUUAUACCACAUAAUUAUCGCGAAAGCAGCCUUCCCACAGCUGUUUUUGUUUAUACACUAGUUAACACUGGACGAGAAAGAGCAAAAGUUAGCCUUCUGAUGACCUGGGCGAAUUCCAUUGGAGGAGUAUCUCAUCAUAGUGGCGGCCACAUCAAUGAGCCAUUCAUAGGAGAGGAUGGAGUGUCUGGGGUUCUUCUACAUCACAAGUCUGCAAAAGACAACCCUCCUGUGACAUUUGCUAUAGCUGCUUGCCAGACUCAGAAUGUCACUGUGACGGUUUUGCCGAAUUUUGGACUUGCCGGAGAAAAUUAUGGCACAGCCAAGGACAUGUGGGACACAAUGGUGCAAGAUGGAGAAUUCAAAAUGGAGAAUUUUAAUGCUGGUCCAAGUAUUCCAUCUUCUAUGGGUGAUACACUUUGCGCGGCGGUUUCAGCUUCUACAUGGGUCGAACCACAGGGCAGGCGCACCGUCGUAUUCGCUUUAGCUUGGUCAUCGCCUAAAGUGAAGUUUCAGAAAGGAAGCACAUAUCAUAGGAGAUACACGAAAUUUUAUGGUACCUCUGAGAGGUCAGCUGUUAAUUUGGUACAUGAUGCAUUGAAGAACUAUGAGUGGUGGGAAGAAGAGAUUGAAAAAUGGCAAAAUCCAAUACUGCAGGAUGAAAAGCUUCCUGAAUGGUAUAAGUUCACCCUUUUUAAUGAGCUCUAUUUUCUUGUUGCGGGUGGCACUGUCUGGACAGACGGUGAACCCCCAAGGAUCGAGGAGAGAGCAAAUUCCGGCUCCCGUCACAACAAAUCUGUGAAAAGCAGAGAUCAGAAAUAUGUGAAGCAGACUUUUACGGAAAACGAGUCGAUGAAUGAGAGAAUUCCAUCUCCAACUUCAGUAUUACCAAAUACGGCAUCUGGAGACAAUAGUGAGGCUGCUGAAUCCUACUAUGUCCUGCAAGAACAGCAAAACCCAGAAAAUGUUGGGAGAUUUCUCUACUUGGAAGGAGUAGAGUACAUCAUGUGGUGCACGUACGACGUGCACUUUUAUGCAUCAUUCGCUCUUCUUGAUCUCUUCCCGAAGAUAGAGUUGGCAAUUCAACGUGAUUUUGCUAGGGCUGUGUUGCAUGAGGACAGAGGGAAAGUCAAGUUUCUGGCUGAUGGUACCUGGGGACUUCGCAAGGUCAGAGGCGCCGUUCCUCAUGAUCUAGGAACGCACGAUCCGUGGAAUGAGAUGAAUGCCUACAAUAUCCACGACACCAGUAAAUGGAAGGAUCUCAAUUCAAAGUUUGUGCUCCAGGUGUACAGGGAUUUUGCUGCGACAGGCGACAUGUCUUUUGGAAGGGACGUGUGGCCGGCAGUUUGUGCCGCCAUCGAUUACAUGGAACAGUUUGAUCGCGACGGCGACGGCCUGAUCGAGAACGAUGGGUUCCCAGAUCAGACGUAUGAUGCGUGGACUGUACUCGGUGUCAGUGCUUAUUGCGGUUGUCUCUGGCUCGCUGCUCUUCAAGCUGGAGCAGCAAUGGCGCAACGGCUAGGAGACCAUGCUUUUGCUGAAAAAUGUAAGAUCAAAUUUCUGAAAGCCAAAUUGGUGUUCGAAGCAAAGUUGUGGAAUGGUUCCUACUUCAACUAUGACAGUGGAAGCAGCGGCAACAGCCGUUCGAUACAGGCCGAUCAACUGGCCGGUCAGUGGUAUGCUGCUUCUUCAGGGCUGCCCUCGCUAUUCGACGAAGUUAAUGUCAGGCGCACUCUGCAGAAGAUAUUCGAGUUUAACGUGAUGAAGGUGGGGGGCGGUCGCAUGGGAGCAGUCAAUGGAAUGAAACCGAACGGAAAGGUCGACGACUCCUGCAUGCAAUCGCGUGAAAUAUGGACCGGCGUGACGUAUAGCUUGGCAGCCACCAUGCUUCUUCACGGAAUGGAGCAUCAAGCUUUUGCAACUGCUGAAGGAAUUUUCACGGCGGGCUGGUCGGAAGAAGGAUUUGGGUACUGGUUUCAAACUCCUGAAGGAUGGACGACAGACGGUCACUACCGUUCGCUGAUCUACAUGCGGCCACUUGCUAUUUGGUCAAUGCAGUGGGCCUUGUCGCCGCCCAAGGCAAUCCUUGAAGCUCCUCGAAUAAAUAUGAUGGAUAGGGUGCUCAUAGCGUCCCUCAACACGAGGUCAAUUCACGACACCGGUGUACGAAAAACUGAGCCUAAAACUGGAUGUUUCAGCAAUUCCGUUUCUCACUGCAACUGUUGAUUGCUUAGAGUUGUGGCUCAAGUAUAACUUAUUCUUUAAACCCUUGUAGAAAGCAAAACAUCAUGGGUCGGGAGUUCUUAGAUGGAAAUAAUAUCUGUAAUAGAGAAAUGCAAUGCGAUCAGUAGCCGUAAAGAAAUGUGUUAUUUCAAAUUUAUCAAAUGUACACUAACGAGUUUAAUAAAUUUACACCAAAUCAUAUUCAUGUCUA